UUCUCUUCUCUGCAUGUGAACCUAUUUAUCCUUUAAAUUUCCUCAUACCCAUACUCUAAUCCAACUUUUACACAUUUUCACUUCCAUUUCUCUAGCUUCUUUUUACUUUUCUAUAACCAUGCCAGUUCUUGAGUUAGAGACUAGUAUUUCAAGUGUCACAGGAAGUCCAACUUCUACAAGACCUCAUGUUAACACAAGAAUGGAGAACUCCACCGUUCAUGCUGAGCCUCCAGGGUCGACUAAUAACACCAAUCCUGCCUUGGAAUCUAGAGUUUCAAAUCAAAACCAUUCGACACCAUCGCAAUUGCCUUUUCUACGCGAAUCUUUACGCCCUAUAACACUCAAGUUUGAAGAUUUGGCAUACUCUAUUAACUUGCAAUCUGGAGAAGAUCAUUGCUUUACUUCACAUGAAUCAAAGAGGACCCGGACUAUUCUCAGUGGAGUCAGUGGGGUAGUCCGACCAGGCGAAUUACUAGCCAUGCUCGGCCCAUCAGGCAGUGGGAAAACCACCUUACUAACUGCCCUUGGUGGUAGACUACUUGGAAAGAUUUCAGGCAGCAUAACAUACAACGGCCAACCUUUCUCAAGUUUGGUGAAGCGAAAAAUCGGUUUUGUGACACAAGAUGAUGUGUUAUACCCACACCUAACGGUUUUAGAAACCUUAACAUAUGCUGCAAUGUUGAGGUUGCCCAAGAAUUUGACCCAUGAAGAGAAAGUAGAGCAGGCUGAGCUCAUCAUAACCGAGCUCGGGCUAACAAGGUGUCGUAAUAGUCAAGUGGGAGGGCCACUAAUUCGUGGUGUUUCGGGUGGGGAGAGAAAGCGAGUUAGUAUUGGACAGGAACUGUUGGUGAACCCAAGUUUGUUGCUUUUGGAUGAGCCCACUUCCGGGCUGGACUCCACCACUGCUCUAAGGCUAAUGGCCACAUUGAAAGGGUUGGCUCGAGGGGGGCGGAGUGUGGUCACUACAAUCCAUCAGCCAUCAAGUAGAUUGUAUUGGAUGUUUGAUAAGGUUGUGGUGUUGUCUGAUGGAUGCCCCAUUUACAGUGGUCAGGCGGGUCGGGUUAUGGAGUAUCUUGCUUCCAUUGGGUUUGUGCCCGGUUUUAAUUCGAUGAACCCUGCUGACUUUCUGCUUGAUCUUGCUAGUGGGGUGGCUCUCGGUACAAACCCGGAUGAUCAUCAACAAUAUAAUCAAGGUACACCAGACCGCCAGGAAGAUCGUGACUCAGUUAAAUUGUUUUUGAUUUCAUCUUACAAGAAAACCCUUCAUCCUCUUAUUAAAGACGACAUCCACAAAAAUAACCAUGAUACAACUCGUGCUAUUGGAGGACCACAGUCUUCUAGAACAGGUUGUGAAAACAGAUGGACCACAAGCUGGUGGACACAAUUUAAAGUGUUGUUCAAAAGAGGUCUUAGAGAGAGGAGGCAUGAAUCAUACUCGGGUUUACGAAUUUUCCAAGUGAUGUCUGUCUCAAUCUUAUCGGGGCUUUUAUGGUGGCAUUCUGAUACAUCACACUUGCAAGAUCAGGUGGGUCUUCUCUUCUUCUUCUCAAUUUUUUGGGGGUUUUACCCUCUAUCCAACGCAAUAUUCACAUUCCCUCAAGAGCGCCCAAUGCUAAUAAGAGAACGAUCCUCGGCUAUGUACCGCCUCUCCUCUUAUUACUUCGCUAGAAUAGCGGGGGACUUGCCAAUGGAACUAGUUCUCCCUACUAUCUUUGUAACUGUUACCUAUUGGAUGGGUGGGCUCAAGCCUUCACUCAUCACAUUCGUGCUAACAGUUCUAAUCAUUCUUUUUAACGUGCUCGUUUCACAAGGACUUGGACUAGCCCUGGGAGCCAUACUUAUGGACCUAAAACAAGCAACCACCUUAUCAUCAGUGAUCAUGCUAGUGUUUUUACUCGCGGGUGGCUACUAUAUUCAACAGAUUCCACCAUUUAUCAGUUGGUUAAAAUACAUCUCUUUUAGCCAUUACUGCUAUAAGCUUUUAGUGGAAGUACAAUACAGUGAAAGUGAGGUUUACGACUGUGGUAAGGGUAUUCACUGUAGGGUUUCAGAUUUUCCAGGGAUUGAGUAUUUGGGUCUUGGUCACUUGUUGUGGGAUGUGGCUGCUUUGGGUGUAAUGUUGGUGGGGUACAGGAUUCUGGCUUAUGUAGCAUUGAGGAUGAACAAAUCUCUUUAAUUGUCUAGCCUUGAGUUCUACUUAUUUUAUGUCUUGAAUAAACCCCAAAGUAAAUAAGCGAAAAAGAAUUGAUUAUAUUUAGAUGGACUUGAUGCAAGGUUAGAAAUAGUUGACUCAACUUGUAACUGUAUAUUUAUGCAUUCUACCACUAUAUGUACGUUUUUGUAUUCAGCUAACUAAAAUUAUGGUUCUUGCUA